GAAGCUGCACUUCUUCCAGGAGGAGAAGAAUAAAGAGAUUUCAGCUCUACGUCAGAGAAUCAAAGAGCUGGAGGAGAGUCGCCGCAGC